AUGGGCUACGAUAUGCCCAUGCUUAUGAACCAGCAAACUCCCAUCUUUGGCGCAUAUGGCCCCGAGGGCUCCCCGGUCACUGCUGCGCUCCCGAAUCCUUCUUUCCACGAUGAAGCAUCAAUGGGCUUGGGGGAUGAUACCAACGACGCCAAGAGAAGACGCAUUGCGAGGGCAUGUGAUAUGUGCCGGAAGAAGAAGAUCAAAUGCGACGGCAAGAUGCCGAAAUGCUCUCAUUGCAUCAAUUACAAAACAGACUGUGUGUUUACCCAGGUCGAGAAGAAGCGCAAUCCGCCCAAAGGCGCCAAAUACAUAGAAGGCCUUGAGAACCGACUAGGAAGAAUGGAGUCUCUUCUUCGCCUCUCCGGUUUACUCUCCGAAGAUGAUGGGAAGACGGACCUUGGAACGUUGGAAAAACGACUUGUUGACAGAUCUCUUUCGACUGGCGGCUAUAAUGCUACUAAUAGCCCGACAAGGUUCAAUAUGCCACUCAAUGGGCAACCGUCUCAGCCUACUAGCAUAUCACGGCAUUCGACGCCAAGGAUAGACUCGCACUCUAGCCCGCGGACAGCGGCUACUUCACCCGACUCACAGAAAGAGUCCGAGAAUGAAGUUGAAGGAUUGUCAGACAUGAUGUGCUCCCUAGUGACGAACAAUUGCGGCGAAACGCGGUAUAUUGGUUCGUCGUCAGGGUUCUCGAUCUUCUCGCCUAAGGGUAUCCAGUGGGUAAAUGAGAAGACAGGAGAUACUUCUUUUCAGGAAAUGAUUUCGUCAGCGUACAUCGACGAUAAUAAAUGGAUGUACUGGAAACCGGAGAUCUUCAGCGACAUCUUUGCUCGCCGCGUCUUUAAACCGUUGCCUCCAAAGGAGGAGGCCUUGUCACUUUUCCGAGACUUCUUCGAUAACUUCAAUUGCAUGUUUCCCCUUUUCCACGAACCUACUUUCAUGCAUCUGGUUGAGAAACAAUAUUCACGAGACCCCUACGAGGGCUCCGGCUGGUGGGCUAGCAUUAAUGUGGUGCUUGCUAUUUCUCAUCGCCUACGUGUAAUGAGCAACCUCGUUCCUCAAGAAGAAGACAAGAAAGCAUGGCUGUACUUGAAAAAUGCCAUGGGCGUCUUAACGGAGCUGACGAUGCGAAAUACGGAUUUGCUGAGUGUACAAGCUCUCCUAGGCAUGUCACUAUUCCUACAGGGAACCCCCAACCCGCAGCCGUCAUUCUUCCUAGUCGCUGCAGCUAUCAGAUUGUCCCACAGUAUCGGGCUCCAUAAACGUGGGUCUGGAUUCGGGCUGAAUCCUGUAGAAGCAGAGCAGCGCAAGAGGGUAUUCUGGAUUGCAUAUAUGUUGGAUAAGGAUAUUUGCCUUCGGUCUGGCCGUCCUCCUGUUCAAGACGACGAUGACAUGAACGUCGAGCUACCAAGCGAAGACCCUCCAGACAACAUAGGAAACGUCCCGUUGUUUGACGGCAAAGGGAAGUUCAACAUGUUUCGCACCCUCUGCCAGUUUUCUAUCAUUGAAAGCAAGGUAUAUAAGCGCCUCUAUUCGGCCACUGCCUCUAAGCAAUCCGACGGCGCGCUCUUGAAUACUAUUGGCGAGCUCGAUCGGGAGCUCGAGGAAUGGAAGGAUAACAUCCCCAUCGAUUUCAGGCCUGAACAUGAGAUUAAAGCAACGCAUACGCCGCUCAUACUCCACGUUGUUGUGUUACAUUUCGCUUAUUACAACUGCUUGACCACAAUCCACCGGAUGUCUGUCCACCAUGGUUAUUGGACAAGUCGUCUGUCUAAUUACGCAAUUCAAGGCUUGAAUGCCCGACCAUUGAACCCGAGAGUAUUUUUGUCGGCGGUUCUAUGCGUGACCGCCGCCAGAGCAUCCAUCAACCUGAUCAAGUAUAUCCCGCAAGGUGAUUUCGCUUGUGUCUGGUUGAUAUUGUACUAUCCGGUCUCAGCCUUAGUUACAUUGUUCGCCAACAUCCUCCAGAAUCCGAGUGAUGCGCGGGCUCGCUCGGAUGUCAAGCUAAUGAACGUGGUUGUCAAUUUCCUUUCCACACUCGUAUCUGACGAGUCAAACGGGAGCAUCAAGCGCAUGCUUGGUGUAUGUGGCGAGUUCGAGAGAAUUGCGCAAGUCGUUCUCGAUAAAGCUGAGAGAGAUGCUCAUUCGAAGAAGAAGCGGAAGGCUGGGCCAGACGAACCUAGAAAUCCACCACAGGAAGCAAGUGUACCUCCUACGAAAACAAAUACAGGUCAGACACAACCUACCACAAUCCCAUUUUCACCGUCACAGUACGGUGUUCAGCCGCAGGAUAGUGACCCCAAGCUUCCAAAUGGGGCGACGCCUUUCACUUCAAGCCAAACAAUACAUGGAACCAAUGGCAUGACCGACAUGCCAGGAGGUAUACCUACCAUGCAUAGGGUUGGCCAGGACUUUGCGGAAAUGCUUAGCCCCAACACCUUGGAUGGUCUGAAUUUCGGCGGCCAGCCCCCUUUGACGUCUACUGGCGACGUCCCUAUUGCACCGCCAUUCCAACAGCCGUUUGUUCCACAAGAUCUAUGGCAGAUGCCGAUGACGAUUGAAUGGGAUUGGGCGGAUAUGUCAACGAACUUUCCUGUCUUCGAGUCAGGUCCGAAUCACUAG